UAUUACUUUAUUAAUAAGAUGAUCUUAACCAAAACUACAAGUAAACAAACAAGAGACAACACAAGUAUUUAAAUAGCCGUGUAGAGCAUCGCAUCAUCAUGGCUUUUAAAUGCCCUUUGUUUAACUAUACUCACGGGGAGAACUAUCAGAACAUUGUCAUCAACAUUCGUGUGUCAGUGGCUUGCUUCUCUUUGUUAGGAAGUCUGUUCGUGAUUGGAUUGAUAUGGCUGUUCAAAAAGUACAAGUUCUACAUUCAGAGACUGAUAUUGUACCUCAGUGUCUCCGCCUUCCUAUCUUCUACUGCCUUCAUAAUGGGAAGGUUUGACUACGAUCUGUUUGACAACGAUUUGAAUCCCGAGGCUGCUCAGAGACUCUGUGUGUUCCAGGGGUUCUGGCUGCUCUACACUGACUGGACUGUCCUCCUCUCCAUCUUCUGUAUCACCUUUAACCUCCUCUGGACUGUGUUUACUGAGCUCAAGCUGCCCUGGUUUGAAGCGGUUUAUUUUUGUGUCAUCUUUGCAUUGCCUGGUGUCAUUAGCUGCAUUCCAUUCUAUGGUGACUCCUUUGGCCCCUCGGGAGCUUGGUGUUGGAUAAGGAGCAAGAACGAUAACUGUACAGAGAAUGUGCUUGGAACAGCAUUUCAGUUCGGAGUGUGGUACAUUCCUCAGUAUGUCUUCAUUAUUCUCAUGUUCAUCAUGUACACUGCCGUCAUUAUUAAACUAUUGGUGAAGACUCGCCCCCGUACGUGGCAGGGGACAUAUGACCCGACAGUACGGAGGGAGAAGGAGGGACCGAAAGAAGAUAGCAAGUCUCUUUUCUGGUACCCCACUGUCUACUUUGCCGUCAGUCUACUUCCUCUUAUUAACAGGAUUGUAGCCAAUGUUGGCCAGGACCCCAUCUUCUCACUGUACGUUCUCCAUGUUAUUUCAUCCCCACUGCAAGGAGCACUCACUGCCCUGGCUUAUGCUCUGGACAAACAGACACUGAGAAGGCUACGCUGGAGUAAUAUCAAGGCCAGCUUCAGGUAUCGCAAUAUGGAUGCAGUUGUGAAAGAGUAUCCAGUGGGACCACAAAACGACGAGGGUGAACCUUUCCUUAAAGGCAGACCCAAACAGACUUAAACACUGCAAGCUUCUUAUUUAUUGUGUGUGUCCCCUUUCAAUGUGUUUCAUUUCUCAGAAUGUUUUUAUCGCAGAUCCACAGAUUGUGUAUAUUAUCAUAAUACCAUGUGACAUUAUAACUGUUUAUUGCUACUAUAAAUUAUACACAGUCAGCAACUAA